AACAAAAACAAAAAAAAGAAAGAAUUUUCUGCUACCAUUAAUGAUGGCCUCUAUUAGUAAUUUUAAUUCAGUUAUUUUUCUGUUUUCCCUUUUAUGUUUUGCUUCUUUAAUCCCAUAUUUGCAUGCCAACAUUGCUGAUUUUGACCCUUAUUUGGAAAAAAGAGCUGAAGAAGCCCUUAAGUCUUCUCUUGCUGCUUAUAAUGAAAAUCCUGAGGAUGUCACUUAUUCUUUCAACAAAGAAGUUGGAGAAACAAUUAUCAAUGGCACAAGGAGGCAUCUGAAGGAAGAAGAUAAAGAUGAUAAAGAUGAUAAGGCUGAAAAGGAUAAUAAGGAUGAUAAGGAUGAUAAUGAUGGUUGCAAGGCAUACAAUCCAAUUGACAAGUGCUGGAGAUGUGACAAAAACUGGGCUAAUAACAGGAAGGCACUAGCAGAUUGUGCUAAAGGAUUUGGCCAUGGCACAACUGGUGGUAAAGACGGUAGAUUCUAUGUUGUCACCGAUUCCUCUGAUGACAAUGUGGAGGAUCCUAAGCCAGGGACCCUCCGUCACGCUGUCAUCCAAGAGGAGCCAUUGUGGAUCAUCUUCGAGAAGUCCAUGAUUAUCAGGUUGAAACAAGAACUGAUGAUCAACAAUGAUAAGACUAUUGAUGGCAGGGGAGUUUCUGUUCAUGUUGCAUAUGGAGCAGGACUAACCAUACAAUUUGUGCACAAUGUGAUUGUCCACAACAUUAGGGUUCAUCACAUUGAAUCUACCUCUGGUGGUAUGAUCAGAGAUUCUAUUGACCAUAUUGGUCUUAGGACAGUGAGUGAUGGUGAUGCUAUUUCCAUUUUCGGUUCCAACCGUAUCUGGAUCGAUCAUUGUACUUUAACCAAGGGUGCUGAUGGCCUCGUCGAUGCAAUCAUGGCCUCCACAGCUAUCACCAUUUCUAACUGCAAAUUCAACCAUCAUAACGACGUGAUGCUUUUGGGAGCAAACGAUGCCUUUCCUCAAGAUAAAAUCAUGCAAGUUACAGUUGCAUUCAAUCGGUUUGGAAAGGGAUGUAUCCAGAGGAUGCCAAGGUGCAGGUGGGGAUUCUUCCAUGUUGUCAACAACGACUACGCUAAGUGGGAAAUGUAUGCAAUUGGUGGCACAGCUAAUCCCACCAUUAUUAGCCAAGGUAACCGCUUCAAGGCUGACAACAACCCAAACACUAAAGAGGUGACAAACCGCAAUGGCGCCCCAGAAUCUCUAUGGAGAAACUGGCAAUGGAGAUCCGAGGGGGACUUGUUCUUGAACGGAGCCUUCUUUAGGGAGUCUGGACCAGAUAUCAAGCGCACUCCAUUUACAGAACAUACCAGCAUCAAGUUUGAGCCUGCUAAAUUUGUAGGCAGACUCACUCGCAAAGCUGGUGUAAUCAAGUGCAAGAUUGGAAAAGCAUGCUAGUCAAUGGCCGAUUUAUAUGUACAUAAUAAUAACAAUAAUAUAUAAAGCUUAUUGUACAUUUCAUUUUUGGGGUUCACAUGGAGCCGAAGAUUUUUUUGGGGGGUUCUUUUACAGUGUUUUUGUUUCUACUGUUUUGCUUUUUUUGCUUUUCCUGGCUGGUUUGCUCAAUAGGGGAAACAGUGAGGAGGGGGAGAAAAAGUGAGGUUCUGGAGAGAUACAAGUUUAUUUUUUGUAACAGAAGUUUUGAUUUAUGAUUUCUAAUAAAUGUAAAUUUCCCUGUUUGAAUUUCAA